GGGUAUAUAUAAAAUGAUGGUCGGAGGCAGCGGGUAUCAUUCAGUUGAUUAUAUCAGUUCGAAAUGGCUGCUAAGUUCGUCGUAGUGCUCGCGCUGGCGGUGGCCGCCCAGGCAUCAGUGGUACCCGUGCCCGUGGCACGCGCAGACGACACCAGCAGCUUCGCGUACGACGUGGCCGACCCCAACACCGGCGACUACAAGAGCCAGGUGGAGACGCGCGUCGGCGGCGUCGUGCAGGGCCAAUACUCGCUGCUGGACGCUGAUGGCACCAAGCGUACCGUCGAUUAUUCCGCUGAUGAUGUCAACGGAUUCAACGCUGUCGUGCAUAAGGACCCUGUUGCUGUCGCUGCGCCCGUUGUGAGCGCGCCUGUUGUCAGCGCGCCGGUAGUCGAAUCCGCUCCCGCUGUGGUUGCCGCGCGCACUGUGGCCGCCCCUGCCGUGUACUCUGCCGCUCCUCCCGCGUACUCUGCUGGUCCUGCCGUGUACUCUGCCGCUCCUGCCGUGUACUCUGAUGGUCCUGCCGUGUACUCUGCCGCUCCCGUUGUCCGAACAGUUGCUGCUCCUGGCACAUACGCUCCAGUAGCCUACUCCGGCUACUCUGCACCCGUUGCUUACUCCAACAGCAUCGCCAGCCCUUAUUACGCUGCUCCUUACUCGACCUAUUAUUAA